AUGGGUGAAUCAAGUGACAAGAAGCCCGAAGGUGAGGGUGCCAAGUAUGUCAUCGUGAAGCCAGAGCAGGAAUCGGCGACACCGGCCACCUCCAGCGACAAUGAGACCAAGGAGGAGCUCCCGCAAUGCCCGGAGAUCCUCUACAAGGUCCAAUACAAGGACUUUGGUGGCGAGAUCAAGGGUACCAAGGACCUCACUGCCCCAUACAAGAUGAAGAAGACUGCAUAUAGCGAUCUCGGUAUUCCCAUCCUCGAGGUCCUCUACAGUGUGACCGUCUGGUUCCCAACACUCUACAAGAAUGGACGUAACAACAAGAAGAGAGAGGAGGACACUCCCAAGAACAUGGAUGACUUUGACGAGAAGUCCAUGGAGGAGAAGGAACUCAUCGUCCACUCGGAGCCAAUCAUCAAGGCUCUCCGCUCCAUCGUUGAUUACUACCCUGGCCAGUCUCUCCUCGGAAACACAAUCUCCAUCAAGGAGCCAUUCAGCAUUCUUGUCCACUUCCGCAAGGAGAUCGAUGAGUAUCGGGAGUCUUGCGAUGAUGCAGAGACGUAUCACCACAUUGGCGUCCUGCAGAAGUACCUCGAGGACAACCUCGGCGACAAGAUCCUCGAGGAGGAUGAGCGCUACAUGCGCCCAACUCCUGUUGCGACAUUUGAGAUGCUUUGGAUGUUGUUCAAGCCAGGAAUGGACGUCUACGCAAACAUCGACGACCAGCGUGGCGGUUUCGUCGUGCAGUCAUGUACCCCAACUGCGGACGUCAACAAAGCCACGAAAAUGGGGCAGCUCAGUCCAUUGAAGAUCAUGAUGUGGUACAUGGACUUCGAUGGGCGCUACUUAGGCCGCAGACAGCAUGAAGUGAUCAUCGUUCCCUUCGAAGGAGAGCGCGAAAUCACUUCUCUCAAGGUCAUCCCAGCAAUGUACCUAGACUCCGAUCUCGAGGUUUCUCCUCGCCAGAAACUGGAGGACCGUGGUGAGAAGUUCUACAAGAUGUUGAUGGGCCGACAGAUGGAUUACAAGGGUUACAGUAUGGCAGCUAAGCAGCGGCCAAAGCGUUUCCACGAGGGCCGCGUCGUCGUCGACCAGGGAUCGUUCUACACAUACGCAGGUUGGGAGGAGACUGACAUUCACCCGGCUCCAAGUCUGUGCGUCGACGACGACAACUCGGGUAUCCUGGCUGACAUGCACUACGACUGUAACUGCAGCGAGUGCAUGGAGAAACGCCGCGCCGCAUCCGGGAGCACGAAGUGGGGAACUUACGAGAACAUCGACCCCCAAGAGACGCCAUCCCUCGAGACCGUCAAGGAUGGCGUCGUCUCCCGCCACCGCUACUUCCUCUGCCCCCGCCGCAUCAUGGGAUUCGACCUCAAGUCCAAGAAGUGGCAAGCCCUCGACGUCGACUUCUGCCGCGAGCCCAAGAUCAAGACCGAAGCCAUCGAGAACCUCGUCCUCCCCAACGAGAAGCUCGGCAUGAUCAAAGCCCUCGUCCACAAAUACACCACCUCCAAGAAAACAAACCCGUCCAAGAACGAGACCACCUGGGCCGCCGACCCCAUCCCCAACAAAGGCGAAGGCCAGAUCUUCCUCCUCCACGGCCCUCCCGGCGCCGGAAAGACCUUCACUGCCGAGUGCGUCGCGGAAUUCACAUCCCGCCCCCUCCUCUCCCUCACCUGUGGCGACAUCGGAACCGACGAGUUCCGUGUCGAGGAGAACCUCUCGAAAUGGUUCAAGCUCGCUGAGAUCUGGGGCGCGGUCAUGCUCAUCGACGAGGCGGAUGUCUACCUUGAGCGUCGUGAGGUCAACGAACUCACCCGCAAUGGUCUUGUUUCGGUAUUCCUCCGCGCUAUGGAGUACUACCGCGGUAUCCUAUUCAUGACCACCAACCGCGUUGGACACUUCGACCCAGCCUUCUUCAGCCGUAUCCACGUCUACAUCGGGUACCCACCCCUUGACGCCGUAGGACGCAAGCGCAUCUGGCUCCAGUUCUUCGCGAAGCUAGAGCGCGAGCGCGGCGACGACGUGUCUGUCCGGGCUGCGGCGAAGAAGUACAUCCUCAGCGACGACGUGCUUCGCGACACCGAGUGGAACGGUCGCGAGAUCAGGAACGCGUUCCAGACUGCUGUUGCGCUCGCAGAGUACGAAGCUGACCAGAAGCACAAGGUGGAUAAUAAGACGACACCGUUAGAGAUUGAGCUGCGCCAGGACCAUUUCGAGAAGGUGGUGGAGAUGAGCGAUAACUUCAAGAAGUAUUUGGCUACUGUGGGGCCGGAGGAGGGGUCGGAGAUGUUUAAGGCGAAGGGACAUGGGGAUAGAGGGGAUGAUAGCUUGUUGUAG